GGCAAGGCGCCAUAGUCACGGUAGUCCUGGCGACAAGAACCAAGCAACGGGAGUCAACAAUAACAACCUAAAUCUAAGGAAAAAAACUUGAACGACUAAAAAGGACAAUACUGGGAUAAACUAGAGAACGAGUUCGUCAAAGCAUUGGUUGCCAUGGCAACUUCUGGAUACUCGGAGGACCUUCAGCCUCAGCAGGCCAACACAGUAACCAUAGCAACACCUGCUGCCACCACACCCUCAUCCGCAAAGACGACGCAUUUCCUGUCCGAGAUCCCACCAAGUUCUGGAACCAUUGCAUCAGCUAACCAAUCAGCCACUGCCUCAAAAACAGGACAGGAUGCACUUUGUUCUCAAGCACCACCCACCCAGGCCCAGAGCCAGAAAGCAGUGGUUCUGACCACUCCCACGCAGCACUAUGUAACCCCCGAAAUCCAGCACUCUGCAGUCCAGAAGAGUAAUGGCCAGAGCAGCUCGCCUCAGUACAUCAUCGUAACUGUUACAGAGGGCUCUGUUCACUCCAACGACAGCCUGUCCGACUCCAGCCCAUCUGCCCCUGGUGUUCCUACUCAGGUGGUCCAACCAGUGCAGACCACACAGCAGCAGAGGUCAGUGUUGCAAGCAGUGUCGCAGGCAGCCAAGAGGACUCAGAGUGGCCACAUCAACAACCUCCAGUCUGUGCACAUUAACCAGGAGGUGGAGCAUGUGUACUCUGGUCAGGUGUAUGUGGAUGGAGGAGGAGAUGCGACUUUCACCACAUCCACCAUUCGAUCGAGCAACUACCCUUUCUCCGACUCGCCCCUCUACUCGCAGACCCCUCCCGCCUCCUCUUCCACUUACUACGAGACCACGCCCAGCUCUGAGUCAGACAUCACCGGCUCUGUGACCUCGCAGCCGGUUUCUGUGGCAACAGCAGGAGCGAAUAGCGGGGGAGCUGCUGGCGGCGGAGGGGGCUACAUCAUUCAGGGAGGUUAUGUGUUAGGAGGAGGAGGAGGAGCAGCUGCAGGUGGAGGAGGAGGACAGAGCUACUCCAGCCCUAACUCUCGUGCCCCACCUGCUACUGUGCAGUGGCUGUGUGAUAACUACGAGGCGGCGGAGGGGGUGAGCUUACCUCGCUGCACCCUCUACUACCACUACCUGCUGCACUGCCAGGAGCAGAAACUGGAACCUGUUAAUGCUGCAUCCUUUGGCAAACUCAUCAGGUCUGUGUUCAUGGGGCUACGAACACGGAGAUUAGGGACCAGAGGGAACUCUAAGUACCACUAUUAUGGUCUGAGGAUCAAGUCAGGUUCUCCUCUGCUCAGACUGAUGGAUGAACAACAGCACAUGGCGAUGAGGCAGCAGCCGUUCUCUCAGAAAAACAGGAUAAAGCCAGUUCAGAAGACCCAGGGGAUCACCAAUGGGACAUCAGGUGGGAUGGGUCAGCAGCAGGCAACGGCACUCUGUGACAUUUCAGCACAGGUGCAACAGUAUCAGCAGUUUCUGGAAGCAUCAAGGCCACUGCCAGAGUUUGUGGACAUUGAUCUGCAAGAUCGAACCCUGCCCGAUGGGAUCCUUUUAGAACACCUCAAGGCCUUUCAGACUCUCUACAGAGAACACUGUGAGGCCAUUCUGGACGUGAUGGUCAACCUUCAGUUCACUCUUGUGGAGACACUGUGGAAAUCCUUCUGGAGGUUCAGCCAGAGCAGUGACACGGAAUCACUCAAUCUGCACAAUGAGUCUGAGAAGCGUCUGCCCAAAUCGUGCCUGGUGUUGCUGUGCAAGUACGAGCCAGUGCUGCAGUGGACGAGAGAGUGUGACAACAUGCUCUACCAGACUCUGGUGGAGAUGCUCAUCCCUGAUGUACUGAGACCCAUCCCUAGUGCCUUAACUCAGGCCAUCCGUAACUUUGCCAAAAGUCUGGAGAAUUGGUUGACAGGCGCCAUGAUGAACAUCCCAGAAGAGAUGGUUCGCAUAAAGGUGGUGUGUGUAGGCUCCUUCUCCCAGACGCUGCGCCGCUACACCAGCCUGAACCACCUGGCCCAGGCAGCCCGCGCCGUCCUCCAGAACUCAGCCCAGAUCAACCAGAUGCUGUCAGACCUAAACCGGGUCGACUUCACUAACGUACAGGAGCAGGCAUCCUGGGUGUGUCAGUGUGAAGACCGCGUGGUACAGCGGCUGGAGCAAGAUUUUAAAAUGACUCUGCAGCAGCAAAACUCUCUGGAGCAGUGGGCUACCUGGCUGGACGGCGUUGUCUCUCAGGCCCUGAAGCCCUACGAGCACAACCCCGUUGCCCUACCAAAGGCUGCCAAGGUCUUCCUACUCAACUGGUCCUUCUAUAGUUCUAUGGUAAUCCGAGACCUGACUCUGCGCAGUGCUGCCAGUUUUGGCUCUUUUCACCUGAUCCGCUUGCUGUAUGAUGAGUACAUGUACUACCUGAUAGAGCACAGAGUGGCCCAGGCUAAAGGAGUGACACCCAUUGCAGUCAUGGGAGAAUUUGCCAGCACCAUCAAGUGCCGAAUCUCUCCGGACCUGGAGAAAGAAGAAGAAGAGGAGGAUGAGGAAGAGGAGAGCGAUGACGAGACAGGAGAUCUGGUGCUGCAGUCCAGCUCUCUGAGUGCAGUCGACGAUGAGAAAGAGCCGAUGGAGCCGCCCACCAAGCAGCCCAGGACGAGUUUAAAUCUGCACACUCUGACAGAGACCCACAGCACACCACCUUAGUCACUCCUUAGUGUUAUUAUCACAAACGCACACACACACACACACACAUCUUGGCUUUAAGUCUAUCAUCGUGUCAUCCCAUUCUGUCAUCCUAUGCUUCUGGUUUGCAAACCAUGAUGUGUGUGUGUUUGCAUGCGUGCAUGUUUGCAAGCAUGUGAGGGAGUGGGAGAGCCCUUUGCCAAUUUCGUAUUUUGAACUUUUGUGCUGCCAUUCUUUUUCUCUUUGCCUUCACCUGAUCAUUUACAGCCCUUCCCGCGCUCCCUGUGCCUUCCCUGUCUGUCCAGUGGCUACAUGUCAGUAGCCACUCCUGUCCAGCCUAGCUAUACUAUAUAGCACAUAUAUAUAUAUACAUACAUAUAUAUUCUUGAUUCCCUUCUGCUCCGCCUUAACCACUGACCUGAUUGCUGUGGAGAGAUGAUAAGACCCCAGUGUUCUUUAUUGUGCUCUAUAUUAAAAAAUAUCACUCACCUUGCCUUUUAAAGCAAUGACUAUGCAGGGGAGCUGGACUAGUGAAUGCCAUUGUCUGAAAUAUACAUUUUUUUAACAUCAGAGUAGCAUCUGGAAUGAUGCUGCACCAUGGAUUUUUUUUGGCACAUGGAUGUUGAUUGACAGCUGUUUGUGUAUGCCAUAUUUUACUUUUUUAUGUUAUGAAUGUUUCAUUAUGAAUUUGGCCAAUUAACUGAUACCCUGUGCCUUUGAGAGAUUUCUAGCUUGAACAAGCUUGUAUUCUAUAUAUUCUGUAUUGGUGGAUUAAUAAAUGAAGGUCUUGUGAAGUA